AUGACAAGGCAUUCACCUUUCUGGUUCAUGCACAAAGAAUUCACUGACACCACCCUCCUAUUCAACAUCGAAAUCAAGCUUGCCAUUGCUGGCAUCACCUUCAAAUUGGAGGAAUGCAUAUUCUUGAUGGGGAUGGAGAAGUUCAGUGACAGGUACCAGUUCGAUGAGUGGAAGUCCAUCUUCAACCAAGUAUUCGAAGCCUCUCAGGAGGGUACUGCUGUUGAGGUCAUUAGGGCAGCCAUGGCUGAGUGUGGCAUUGUUGAGCCCUCUAGUGACAUCUCCCAUAUCAUCCUCUCCCCCCAAGCUCCUUCAUCACAGACUCAUAAGCCAAUGUUCACCUUAGGUUUUGGAUCCCUCACUAACCACUCAAUCAAGCAAAAGCUCACACAGAUCCCACUGCUCUCUACACCCAGCAAAGCAUCCAAGAAUGAGCAUGAGGAUGAAGAGGACAAAGAGGAAGACAAGGAAGAUGAACUAGACAACAAAGUGGACUGCUGUCCAAGGGUGACCACAAUAGCUCCAUCAGGGCACAUGAAUCUAACUCAACAGCUCAAAAGCCUUUUCCACCACUAUGGUGGUGAGGGGAGUGCAGAAGGGUCAAGGGUGAAGGUGCAUCAGCAGGGCCCAGUGUGUAAUGUCAAAGAUCAUAUGGAGGUGAAUAUGAAUCAGACUCAGCCAAGAGUAUUCAAGGUCAUGCUGCCCUCUGGAUUAAUCCCAAGCAACCCCUGGGUCACCACCCCCAAUGAUGUCAAUGCACAACAUUGCAGAUGCAUGUCCUGGCUCUUUGACAAUGACUUCUGUAACUUCAGCAAGUGGCAUGUCUGCUUGAGAGUCAGGCUUGCCUACAAUCAUGGGACCCUGGGCAAGCAAGUGGUUCACACCACCAUUCCAGAUCAUUUCUUUUCAGAGAAGCAUGGUGUGGUGCCUCCUGGGCAUGUGUUGGCCACUGUGACCUCAAGCACUAAUGGUCAAUUUGCCUACAACUAUAACAAUGAAGGGGGUGCACUCCCCAUCAUUAUAUUACAUGCUGCCUGGGUUGCUGCUUCCUUCCAGUACCAUUACUAG